AUGACUCUUAUCAAUAUUUUUCAUAUGGAUAUCUUUAAUUUGGGAUUAAACGACUUUUUUGUUAUCAAGAAUAUCCUUUACAUGUUGUUCAGAAGAAUCCAACUGCCAAACAAGCCUCUGGUGAUUUCAUCUCUGGGAGACUCUAUAUACAUUGGAGAUGCCCGUGGGUAUGUAUAUGAGAUGAAGCCUCCAUAUAUUACUCCGAUGGUUAUAUUUCAAUCGCCUGGACCUGUAUCUGCAUUAGCCAUUGGAAAACAAGUGUAUUAUGGUAACUGGGAUGGGGAUGUGGGAAUUGUUGGAGGAAGGAAGAUUAAUUUAGGAAAUCAAAUAGUGAAGUGCAUGGCGAUUCACAAAGGUAGAAUCUAUGUGUCUGUAGGGCUGAUGAUAUAUAGUUUAACCCUUGGUCUGGAGAUAGAAUGCUCUUACGAGGUUAAACAUAAGGUUCUAUGUAUGAGUGAUUUUCAAGGGUCUAUUUACUGUGGAAUGGGUGUGCCGUUUCUGUUGCGUAUUCAUAAUGGGGUUGAGAUUAUUGGAAGGAGUUUGCAUGACACAUCCAUCUUCUGCAUCUGUGGAGAGUAUACAGGGUCUGCAGAUGGAAGAGUUUUGAGACAGGACUAUUCUGAUUUGGAUAAUGCCGAAGAGAUCUACAAAGGAGAUAGCUGGAUUAGAUCGAUGUACAAUCAGUAUCUAUUCUCUGAUGGAAGAAGUGUGAUGGCAGACCUUGACAAACUAAAAGGGAAUGGAGGUGGAGGAAUAAAACCUAUAUAUUCACAUGAGGAAGAUGUAGUUGGUGUAGUCAAAGUAGGAGGCAAGAUUAUUUCGAUUGGGCUAGACUAUUGCUACUGUGUCUUUGAGAUCACACCAAGCCUUAGUAUAGAGGAAGAAAUGGAGAUAGCAGAGCUUAUGAACGGGUGA